AUGAUGGCAGGAUUUAACGAUCCCCAGUGGGAUAAAAACUUCAAGAUACCCAAAAGAAAAAGCGACGAGGUAAACAAUUACAAUUUAAAUAGUUCGAAUUUUGAUUAUAACGCUGGUAAUUCGAUGGCCAACAAUUCUUACUAUGAAUAUUAUAACCAGUAUACACAAUCUCAAUGGCAACAGACUACUGCAUAUCCACAGUACUACUAUGCUAAUCAAGAAAUAUUUGCCAAUACUAGUAAUUCUGUUGAUUCUGUUACACAGAAUAUCUGCAAUACUUUGUCAAAUAUUAAAGAACGACCGAAAAAUUACCAAAAAAAUAUAUUUAAAGAUACAGUCCCAGAUGUAGAUGAUCAGUCACUUCCAAAAGAAUUGACAUUGCAGUUUCAACCACUUUUCUGCAAACUUUGCUCAGCUCAACUCAGCAGCAAUGUCAUGGCUAAACUCCACUACAAAUCAAGGAAUCAUGAAAAAAAAGUGAAAAAAUUUCUUCAAGAAUAUUCUGAAAAAACUGGAACACCACUUCAUCCUAGAGCAAAAGCAGUUGCUGCACCAAAAACUGAAAGUGAAAGUGAUCCAAAAUGGUUCCACUGUGAUAUCUGUGAUUUACCAUUGACUGGUAAAAUGCAUGCAGAGUCACAUUAUAUGGGCAAGAACCAUCAAAAGGUUGUUAUGGGUCACAAACAGCCAACAGGUAAAGGAUUUUAUAAUGGAGAAGGAAAAUGGGUAAGACAAACAUUGGUCAAACGUGUUUUGGAAGAUGGCGAAGAUACUUUUGGACUUGACUUUAAAAAACCAAAAAUCGAAGAAGUAGCAGCACCUCCAACUGUAAUAGAUGCUCCUCAACCCAGCCAAAAUAAGUUCCAUUGUAGUAUUUGCAAUGUGGGUACUACCUGUCAAGAACAGCUGGAUGUUCACUUCCAAGGCCAAAAACAUAGAAAGAAGUUGAAACUAUUGGGUAUUUUUGAUGCCCAAUCUGAAGUGGCACCUUUACCAAAAGGUCCGGUAGAACCAGAUCUAAAUUUAUCAGUAUACCGUACACCAUCUGGUGAUUACUAUUGUCCGUCAUGCAAUUUAACCCUUGCAUCAGGUGUUCAAUUCAAGUUGCAUUUAAAGGGUAAGCAGCAUUUGAAGAAAAAUGCCCAAAAAUCGUAA